CUUUGAAUGUUUGAUUGACGACGUUUCAUUGCUCAACACAUUCGCGCUCCAGCACCUCACAUACACUCUCUGUGAUCGCUCUUUCUGGUUGUGACCGCUCCUGCCUCACACAACUCCCACACUACAACGCAACAACACUCGUCACCCACCAUGUCAUUAUUUCGCACCGCAAUGCUGCAAAGGCAGCUCUUCACUCCCGCCCGGUCUCUAUGCGUCCGCUACUCGUCUUCUUCUGCGUCGGAAAAUGUUGUACUUCCUCGCCUGCAAUCCGACCUCAAGACAGCCAUGCGCGCAAAGAACAAGCCUGCACUAAACACAAUCCGUGCCCUGCAAGCCGAAAUCAUAAACGCAUCAAAGACUGCCAAGCCAAUCGAAACCGAUGGAGCCCUCUACUCCCUCGUUCAAAAGCAGAUCAAAGCCUCUUCGGCCUCAAUUGAAGAGUUCCGAAAUGCUAAGAGGGAGGACCUGGUCGAGAAAGAGCAGGCGCACUUGGAUGUGUUGAAAGGCUAUGCACAGGAGAUACCGCUAGUGGAGAACAGUGAGGUCGACGCGUUAAUCAAAAGCGUGAUCGAAGGGCUGGAAGAGGGCAAGAGGAGUUUUGGCAGCGUCAUGGGUAAAGUCAUGGGUGGUCUCAAGGGACGGCCAUUUGAUCUAGAGUAUGUUACCAAAAAGAUUCAAGAAGCCGUUGGGGCUAAAUGAGCGACACAAUGCAUUGAGUGGGCUUGGACGAAUUGUAGGAUGACUGUACAUAUAUCAUGUAGACUACGGACUCCUCUCUAAACGAGGUAACGAAAGAGACGGCCAGAUUACGAUACCGAAGAACAUGCAUCGAUUAUUGCUUUUCCGUGGGGUUAGCAGAUCCGUCAUCAUGGACGGUA